AUGGAGGCUGCUGUGGAAAAUCUCUGGCCGAGAGAACUUUCAGCUGAGCGUAAAGCAUACUUGGCACAGUCUAAGAUUCCUGAUGUUCUGGCCUGCAAUGUGAUACUGCUUGUGUUCGCAACCGGUGGCCUCUUGGUGCGAUUGUUUGUUCGACUUCGAUAUCUCACUGGCAUCAACAUUGAUGACGUGAUUUGUAUGAGUAGUUGGGUCUUCACUUUCAUUUUGUGCUUCACUGCGAUGUUAAUGACCAAAUAUGGAUUCGGUAAACACAUCGGAACUGUGUCAAAAUUCAGCGAUCGGGCUAUGUUCCUCAAGCUCGAUUUUGUCACCAUGCUCGCCUAUGUUCUCGCCCUUGGUACAAUCAAGAUGUCCUUUUGCUUGCUAUACCUUCACAUCUUCCCAGGAAGAAAGUUUCGAAUCGGUUGCUGGUUGCUCCUGGCGGGUAUUGUGGCGCAUACUAUUGCCGAAACUUUGGUCGUGCUUUUUCAAUGCAUUCCUGUUCAUAAGGCCUGGGAUGCGACGGGGCUUGUGGAAGGUACAUGCGUCGAUAUGAACUUGUUCUACUACGCCAAUUUUGCAAUCAAAAUGGCAAGCGAUCUGGCAUUAUUCACCGCCCCAAUCCCAAAGGUGCUCCAGCUCAGGAUGUCGAUGGGCAAACGAAUGGGCUUGGCUGUGAUGUUUGGCCUAGGUCUCCUGGUAUGCAUGACCAGUAUUAUCAGAAUCAGUUACCUGAACACAUUUAAAGUGGAUCAUACUUGGUCGAUGGUCAAUGCUAUGAAUUGGUCCUGCGUGGAAGUCGCCGUCGCCAUUUUUAUUGCCUGCAUUCCUUCAUUCAACACUUUAAUCAUUCAUCGAUUCCCGAGAUUACAACGGUUGUUGGGCCUCGGCAGCAACAAGGGCGCAUCACGCUCUUCGAAGGUUUAUGGCAGCUCUAGUCGCCGUGUGUACGAUGGCUUAUCGAACGAACCGCCCAACAGUCUCAAAUUGAAGCAAAUGACGGGAGAAAGCCAUGUAGACGUGGAGACGAGUCAUAACGAAUCUCAGGAACGGAUCAUGCAUGCCGGAAUUCAAAUCACUACAGCUGUUAGUGUUAAUAACAAGAUUGUCUCAUACGAUUGA